AUGAGUGAAGGAAAAGCUGUAAAAGUGGAGCCGAUUAAGGCCGGCCCACGAACAGAUCAAGAGCUGAUGGCGCAUCUUGCUGCUCAGGUUGGCGAUGGCCGACUCUUCAAGAUGGAUGUUGACUACGAAAGUCAGGUUGAUGAAGCAAUCCCGAAGGCAAACGCGAUAGCUGCGAGAGGCGAUGUUGCCGGCGCUCUGGAUUCUCUUGCAAACUUGGAAAAACUGUCUCGACUUGGUUCGGAUAUGAAGAGUAACACAAGAAUUGUGCAGCACAUGGUAAAACUGUGUUUUGACGGAAAGAAGUGGGACCUUCUGAACGAUACAAUUCUGACUUUGUCCAAGAAACGACUAAUCAUCAAGAUGGCUAUCGCUAAGAUG